AUGUCUAUAAAAAGGAAUCAAAAAAUAGAAAAUGACUGUGACGCAAACAAUAUACAACUCUUAGAAGAACGUCUUAGGCGUUACGAAGAUGAAGCAGGCCAAAUUAGAAGUACCUCAACAUUAAUAGACAGAGUUUCAUAUUUACGAAAAAACAGAGAAAAUGAUGCGUCAAAGGCAAUCAUUAAAAUUGAAGAUUCAAUGAAAUUUGAUCUUUGCUUUGUUCUGGACUGCACAGGCUCUAUGGCUCCUCACAUCAAAGCAGCGAAAGAGCAUAUAUUAAAAGUGGCUAGUUACGUAAACAACUAUAAUUCAAAUAUCAAAUUCUGGGUCGGUUUCUGUGGUUAUCGUGAUCACUAUAAUCGUAAUGAUCGCUUACAAAUUUUUGAUUUUACUAACUCUCUCGAGAAAUUUAAAGAAUAUAUAACCAAUAAAGUGAAGGCUAAAGGUGGCGAUGAUGAACCAGAAGAUGUCUUAGGUGGCCUUAAUGCAGCGAUAACUGAGAUGAC